AUGUCAGCUUACCACUUGGGCCUUAUCGAGGCCUCAACAUUCUUCUCCCUCUUUAUCUCAUAUGUUGAAAUCAGCAUCAACGGUGUGCCGAUUCCCCAUCUAACCAUGCGUGUCGGUCCAACUGGUUUCGCUUUCUUUACUCUGCCUCCGUCAUCAGUUCCGCUCCACGAUGCUAAAGCCUAUCUCCAGGUAGCUAGCAGCUAG